GUGAUCCGCUGGCGUCGACAAGGGGCGUGGUGAGAGACCUUGCGGAGCGCUGAGGUGCUGCUAUGGCUUCUAGUGGGGCUGGCGUGAUCGCUGCGGGCUCGGCAAAUGAAGCUCCCGAAAUUCCAGACAACGUUGGAGACUGGCUUCGGGGCGUCUACCGCUUCGCCACCGAUAGGAAUGACUUCCGCAGGAACUUGAUCCUCAAUUUGGGACUCUUUGCUGCCGGAGUUUGGCUGGCCAGGAAUUUGAGUGACAUUGACCUAAUGGCACCUCAGCCUGGGGUGUAGCCGUAAAGAAACAUGGAACCCCUGUGCUGUACUCAAACCUUCCAAAAACAGAGCCUCCAAUCUGUGACCGUCACAAGAUUUGCCCUGAUGGCAGCUGAAGUUUGAUUCAGAUGGGCACCUUUCCUUCCCUGCUUGAUUUCCUUUUCUUUGCUGAGUCCACUCAGAACACCCUUCUCUGGUCAGCAGGUAGGGUUCCGCUAAAGUGUUGUCCUGUGUUCUGUAAAGUUCUGUACAUAGUUCCAAAGUUUCUGCAGGGGAUGAACUUUGCUCUUGUCCCGAGGAAUAUUCUAAUGGUAUUUUAACAAAUAAAGACUGUACACAAAGA